AUGAUCCGACUGCCACCGAUAUUGCGUCCACGACUUACAUGGCGCUACCUUCUCUGUGCAACCGCGGUUCUCUACGUCUCAUAUUGCGUCCUCUCCGAUUCGCCGCUUCUUGCUUCAAAGCUGCCCCAGUAUACUGGCGCACAUCCGGUGGGUGCGAUCGACAUCGAGAGCCCAUGCGAUGGCCAGCAGAUCAGCAACUUCAGACUGAAGGAGACCGGCGAGGCGGCUUUCCAGCUCGACACUGUGCUCUUUACCCUUUACUACCCAUCGACCAAGCGACCUUCGAAAUCGAAGUCCCGACACUACUGGAUUCCCAAGCCCGUCUCGAUCACGGGUGAGGGCUACUUGCGCUUCGGCGGCGUCAAUAACUUCAUCAGCAACAGCCUUGUCACGGGCGCUCUCUGGGGGCUAGCCGGCGGCAUCACCAUUCCAGCCAAGGUCGAUGUACCUCUCACAGAUGCGUCAACCACCGUUGCCCUCGAGACUCAAGAUGACUUCAACAUCCAAAUGCUGCCCGAGAAGCACGACGGUCUCCCCGUACUCGUCUUCUCGCACGGAUUCGCGAGCUCGCGGACCGACUACACCGACUACUUGGGCGAGCUAGCAAGCCGCGGGUACAUCGUGGCAGCCAUCGAGCAUCGCGACGGCAGCGGUCCUGGCUCGCUCGUCAUGAAGCAGGGAGUGCAGAGGAUCGCGUUCCCCAUCAAGGAAUCGCACGUGGAAGCUGACGAGGAGUAUGACACCGCCGCUUUCAAGCAGGCGCAGCUGGACUUCCGCCAAGCCGAGGUCGAACAGACGAUCCGCGUGCUGCGAGAAAUCAACGAUGGCCACGGCGAGAAAGUCUUCGCGUCCAAUUCGCGGAAGGAAGGUCGGGAUUUGAAACACUGGAAAGGUCGGCUAAACAUGAAAGAGGUCACCAUGGCAGGACAUUCUUUUGGCGCUACUCUCGCUUUACAAGCACUCAAGCACGCACCUUCUCAAGCCCUCCCGCUGCAAGGCUGCAUCGCCCUCGACCCCGGCAAGAGCAGCGGCCGUCUAAAUGCCGAGAUCGACGUCCCCCUCCUCGUCAUCCACUCCAACUCCUGGUCAAGCCGACACUCCAUCUUCUACGGCCGCCCACACUUCGACGUCGUCAAGGAACUCGUGCAGGGCGUCAUCUCUCGCGGCAAGAGCGCAUGGUUCCUGACCUCGCUGGGCACGUCUCACCCUUCAGUCACCGACGCGCCGCUCAUCGAGCCGCUGCUCCUGAGCUGGACCACGGGCUCGACCAUCAAUGCCAACGAGGGCGUGAGGGAAUACGUCAGGGCGUCGUCGGAGUUCCUCAGGUAUCAGCAUGCGGGGAGCUUGACGGGGUUGCUGGCACAGCCGGUGUCGCAUCCAGAGUACAAGGAUCCACGGGGGGAUAAGAGCAGCCUUGAGCCGGAGUUCAGGAAGUACUGGGAGGUUCAUGUUGCUCCUGAGCUGACUUCGUAA